UACUAAUAAUAAUAAUAACCAAAACAAUCGAAACCACAACGAGGACAAUCCACAUUUGGCAUCACCCGCCACACCGCCGCAGCUGCCGCCGCAUCAUCAUCAUCAACAGCAGCAGCAACAACAACAACAACAACGUUCACUAAGCUCAUCCGCCUCCUCAUCAUCGCCGGCAAUGCCGUCGGAGGGUCUACAUCCGACGGCUGCUUUGCAGUUGUAUGCCGCCGCUGCCCAAUUGGCACCGGGCGGUGUACGUGUACCGCCAUGGGGACCAUUCCUGCAGUUCGGUGUGCCCGGCGUUUUUGGGCCCAACGGUCCAUUUCUGGGACGUCCGAGAUUCGAGGCCUCGGCUGGUGGUACGAGCGGUGGUCAUCCCGCGACAACAGCGGCAGCUGCAGCUGCUGCCACACAAAUGGCGGCGGUCAAUGCCAGCAAUGCCUUCGCCAAUCUAACGGGAUUAAGUGCGGCGGCAUUGAGAAAUGUGAGCGCUGCCCAAACAACAGCGGCGGCUGCUGUGGCCAGCACGGUGGCAACGAUUCAGCAUCGUCUGAUGAUUGGAAAUCGUCAGAGUUUGCCACCAGCAGGACCACCCAGCGAGGGAUCCAAUGAGGAUGGAGGUUUUCCUGGCGAUGGAGACGAUGAUAGCAGCGCGGCAAAACGUCGACGUUCCCGCACCAAUUUCAAUUCAUGGCAACUGGAAGAAUUGGAGCGAGCCUUCUCAGCCAGUCAUUAUCCGGAUAUAUUCAUGCGUGAGGCACUUGCCAUGCGUUUGGAUUUAAAAGAAUCACGAGUUGCGGUAUGGUUCCAGAAUCGACGUGCCAAAGUGCGGAAGCGUGAGCAUACCAAAAAGGGACCAGGACGACCAGCUCAUAAUGCCCAGCCGCAGACAUGCAGCGGCGAACCGAUACCGCCCAACGAACUGAAGGCCAAAGAGAGAGCGCGUCGACGAAAGAAACUGGCCAAGGCCAUCGAUAGACAGGCGCGCAAACUUCAGGCAAAGGGCAUCACUGUGGACUUGGAGGCUCUUAAGGCCGAAUACAUAUCACAGCACAAAGCGAAUGGAACCUUCUCGGAUUCAGAUCUCGAGGAUGAUGGCAUACAAAUCGAUGUGGUCGGCGGUACUGAUAGUGAUGACGAAAUGGACAGUGAUGCAGUGAGUCCAUCAUCGCGUCUGGGUGGCGGUGGUCAACAUGGUUUAUCAUCAUCAUCGCUCCACGGCGGCGGUCUACACGAUGCCGAUGGUGAUAGUUCACGGGCUGGCAGCUAUAUAGGCGGUGGCGGUAGUCUUGGUAGUCCCAAUUCCUCGACAGCAGCUGGUGGACAACAACCGACAACAGCAUCAGCAUCGGCAGCGGCGGCAGCAGCAGUGGCAGCCGCUGCUGGUCUGCUGGCCAAUGGUGAUCCAGAUGCGGAGCAGCAAGGCGGAGGUGGCACUGGUGGUGACGGGGGCGGCGUCGGCGGCGGCGGUGGACAGCAACAGGAAACAUCAGUUACGGCUGCUGUUGCCGCUGCGGCUGCUGCUGCUGCGGCGGCUGCAACGCCAAAAUCUCUGCUAUUCCCCGCCAAAGCGUUCCAUCAACUCAACCUGCAGAGCAGUCAGCAUCACCACCAUCAUCAUCAUCAUCAUCAUCAGGCGGCGGCUGUGGCUGCUGCGGCGGCCGCAAAUCUCGUCCAUCAGACAACCUCGCCGAUCAGUAUGCGGCGGAGCAAUCCCUUCAGCAUUGAAUCGCUGCUCUUUAACAAUACGUGAGGGAUGCCCUCCAAUUCGUAGGUAUUCGCUCUCUCCAGUGUUCAGGGUUAAACAAACACAUACACGACUAUAUAUAUACA